GUGCUGAUUGUGUAUGCCCAUGAAAGCCCUGCCUCUUUCAAUGCUGCUGCCAAAGAUGCUGCUGUGGCAGCUCUGACUGCUCAAGGCUGCACUGUAGAGGUGUCUGACCUGUACGCCAUGAAGUUCAAAGCUGCUGCUACGACUGAGGACACCACUGGUGGUGUGAAGACUGCAGCGGACUGCUAUGCAGAUCAGAUUAAAUUGGCAUGGGAGGAGGGCAGAAUUGCAGAUAACAUCAAAAAAGAGCAGGAGAAGCUCAAGGAGGCAGACCUUGUCAUCUUUCAGUUCCCCAUGUACUGGUCAUCUGUUCCUGCAAUCAUGAAGGGGUGGAUGGAUCGGGUGUUGGGCUGUGCCUACGCACAGGAGAAGUGGUACAGUGAGGGGAUCUUCAAGGACAAGAAAGCCAUGCUGUCCUUCACCACUGACUGUCCUGAAUCUGUGUACAGUGACACUGGCAUCAAUGGUGACAUCAAUGUCACACUGUGGCCACUGCAGAACGGGAUCCUGAACUACUGUGGCUUCCAGGUUUUUGCCCCUCAGAUCUUCUGGGAUCCUGCUACUGGUUCUCCUGAAUCUCGCAGCUCCAUGCUGGAGGGCUGGCGCACACGGCUGCAAAACCUCUGUGGGGAAGCACCUGUGUACUUUGCUCCCUUGGACUACUUUGACAAGGAGAAGGGUUUCCUGCUGAAGCCUGAGAUCAAAGAGAAAUAUGCCAGCAAAGAAUGUGGCCUCACAGUGGGGAUCCACAUGGGCAAGCCACUGCCAGCCAACAGCCAGACCAAGGCCGGGGUCUGACAAUGUAGUGGGUCCAUGUAAUGUCUUGAUCUUAAAAUAAAGCCUGCUUUAUUCAAACUUUGA